AAUCAACUCAGGCGGUCAGAGACAGGAAAUUGCUACAAUUAUAUAUGAAACAAAUGUUCUUGGAUUCAAAGGCCCGCGAAGAAUGACUGCUCUCAUCCCUAAAUAUGAUCAGAUGAAUGCUUUAAAGAAUUCGUCAAUUUUUGAAGAAUGGAAACGAAAUAAUAAAUCAAUUCUGCAAUUGAAGAACAAAACUCCCGUUUGGAACGACGAGACACAGUCUUAUGUACUCAACUUCAGGGGACGGGUAACUCAGGCGAGUGUCAAGAAUUUCCAAUUAGUGACGUGUCAUGAAAGGGAAGAUAUUCUUCUGGCUUCGCCCACAAAUCAGUCGAAUAUAUCGAAUGACUCGAACUCUUCAUUCGCUCCGACGAUCCCAACGACUCAACCGUUGGGGGAGACGGCGAGUGCAGAUCUGGUGUCCAUGCAGUUCGGACGGGUGUCCGGCUCUCAGUUCUCGUGUGACGUGUCGUGGCCUAUGUCUCUCCUCCAGGCCUUCGCUAUAGCCCUCAGCAGUUUCGACUCCAAACUCGCCUCUAAUUUC